AUGACAAACGCUGGUUGUGGGAAGAAAAGGAAAAGUGCCCUCUUCGUAUGCUUAGGCAAUAUUUGUCGAUCACCAAUGGCUGAAGGAAUUUGUUUGGAUCUCAUCAAGAAGAAAGGUCUUGAAGAUAAAUGGAUUGUGGAUAGUGCUGCAGUUGCCAGUUUUCAUAUUGGUAAAUCUCCGGAUAAAAGAGCGAUGGCAACAUUAGCAAGACAUGGGAUUAAAGAUUACGAACAUAAAGUUCGCCAGGUGACUGACUCUGACUUUCGUGAUUUUGACUAUAUAUUUGGUAUGGACGAAGAAAACAUUGAGUAA